UGUCAAAUCGAAUCGAUGUUGUCUUGUCAAAACUCAAAAGUCAAAACUCAAAAUUUAUUUGUAUUUUUUUACAGCUGUCAAGUGUCAUUGUAUUGGGGACUGGGGUGUUAUGUCACACUCUUAAAAUUGAUUUUUUGUUAUUAUGAAUUGAAAGAGCCUACAAAGAAAAUGGCGACCUUAAUUAGAACUACAAUCGUGAAGGCAAUUCCUGCCCAAGGUGGUAAAAUUGCUGGCUGUGUGGUGGUCCAGAACAGGAGUAUCAUGGGCAAAGCGUUUCGUAACAGCCUCCCGCCGCCUGCGCCUAAACCAGCGCCGUUCGACUACGUGAAUAAAGAUUACACUUGGUUACGUAGCUUGACCGACAGAACGACACACAGGUUCGAUGAAAACUCCAAAGUGGUGGUCGUAGAAGGGCCUGUGGCCGCAGGAAAGACGAAAUUCGCUGCUGCCCUGGCCGAGGAUCUCGGAAUGAAGCAUUAUCCCGAAGCCAACAUGGAUAUUCACUAUGUUCGACCAAACGGUAUCGACAUCCGUCAAUUCGAUAAAGAUAUACCAGAGGACACCAGGACAUUCGAUCAUGUCAACUUCAACCGCUCUCCAAACCACCGGCUAGCAGGAAACUUCCAGAUAAUGAUGUUUAUGGCGAGAUACAGCCAAUAUAUUGAUGCUUUGACACAUGUUCUGAACACUGGCCAAGGUGUGGUCCUUGAAAGGUCGCCGUACUCAGACUUUGUUUUCCUAGAAGCUAUGUUGUCUCAGAAGUACAUCAGCAAAGGUGUCAAAUCUGUCUACUAUGAGUUGAGGGGGCAGACUAUUGAGGAUUUGAUGAGGCCUCACCUUGUUAUCUACCUGGAUUUGCCUGUUAAUAAGGUACAAGAAGCAAUCCAAGCCCGCAAAAAAGACUACGAAACUGGGGGCAAAGCCUUGACAGAACCAUUCCUUACAGAGAUGGAGCGUCAAUACAAACAUAAAUAUCUGAGAGACAUCUCCACUCAUGCUGAGCUGCUUGUGUACGACUGGACAGGUGGCGGCGAAGUUGAAGUAGUAGUAGAAGACAUAGAGCGUCUCGACUUCGACCAGUACACCGAGCGCGAGGAGCCCAAGAUGAAGGACUGGCGGCUGCCGCGCGAGGUGAUGUGGGCCGACCAGCGCAUGCUGUACACCAACAACAAGCACUACCUCAUGAACCUGUUCAACAUCCCGCGCACCGACGUGCCCGAGCUCAUCACUGACGCUGACGAAGGAUACAUCAGGGACAAGGUCAUCUACGAUCAUCCCUCUUUCGAGUUCGUCGAAGGCUACGGGCCGAACGACGGCGCCACGACGUUGAAGAACAAAGUGCCCAAAUACACUGAAUAUAUUUAAUUAUGAGGUUGUAGUGUAGAUUGUUAUCUUAAUAAAUUAUAAAAACAUU